CUAAGUUAUGGCGUGCAGAGAAACUUUAGUACAUAUUUGAGUACCGCACGGAGUAAGAAAGCGCGCUUUGGCGGUCUUAUCGUGUUACAAUUGUCAAAUUAUCUGACCAACUUAAACUUAACAGGCUUAAACCAUAGGUUGACAGCGACUCUCCGUGAUAAAAAUGUGUCUUUGCUUUGUAGCACAUUAUUAGGCUACCUGAUGCUCUGUGGGUACUGGCAGAAACACUCAUCAUGGCAACACCGGUGUCUGUGCUCCGCCUGCCGAAAGGACCCGACCCAAACAGCCGGGGAUUUGACCCCAAAUCACCCCGCUUCAUCGCUCUCUGCCGUACGUCCAUUCCCACUUCUGCUGCAUCGGAGGCGGACGCCGAGCAGCUGCAGAGAGAGCAGCGCGCCCGGUCUGUGCUGAGAGAGAGUUUCCUCCGCUGUCUCCUCUCCAUGACCAACAAGAAGGUUCACUUUCACAUGCAUGAGAACGUGAAGGUGGAGGCAACCUUUGGGGCGUCGGACAUCGACGUGCUGAAUUUUCAGGUGUCGGACCUGCACACUCCCAUCGGGGUUCAAAAAGAAGCGCUGAUCAGGUGUCAGGAUGUGAUUUCAUUCAGUUUUGAUUUAUGAACAUCUCAGGCUUCUGCUUACUUGAGAUAAGAAGCACUUUAGAGUCUCGAUUGGUCAGCUCCAGUUUCACACUUUGUCAGAAAUUUGUAAAACCAGUUAUAUUACAUCUAAACAGUGUGGGUAAAGUUGUCCAGUUCAGUCUUGUUUGUAUAGUUUGGCCAAUCAUCCCGUCCUGUCUGACUCUCACAAGCAGUUUCCCUUGUUCACCACCAGAGGGAGCUGUGUCUCCAUGUUGCAAGACAUACAAAAACCUGAUGUCAGAGCUGCGGUUUGCGGGGAUUGGAUGACACGAGACUUUUGACCAAAAUAUUGAAAGUGUGAUGAUAUGAUACUGAUGACUACUAGUGUCUUUACCCACAAGAAUUAGACUCAUUCACUGUUUGGUUUGUCAACCGUCUGAUCCGUUCGGAGAGGUUUAAUGGCAAUGCAGUCUUUUCAAAAUUGUCAGGACGUGUCCCGUUUGUCCUCCACACCAUGAGACUUUCUGUAGAUUGUCAUCUUUUGUGAGAUGCAGAAAGAGGUUAUUGCUGCUCUGGUGCUCAAGUUGACAAGUUAUGCCUUUUGUUACAGAAUUCUUCAGGUGAAGCAAGUGAAACGUUGAACUUUAAAUGUUCAUUUUUGGGUUGAACAUUUUUGUGUUUGGAUGUCCAUUUUGUGUUUUGCUUGGGGAAAAAUCAUCAAGACUUAACUAACAUAAUAGAGGGGUUUCUGUUUUUUGUAAAUUGGAGCACUUUAAAAGAUUCAAAAAUUUACACUGCUGAAGGGGGAAAAAAGUGAUGCGUGUAGCCUAGACUCCACCACAUCCAUCAAAACUAUAUUUAGUAAUCGUUUUUAAAAGUACGUAAAGGGGAGAGUAUGAGAUUGGAAUUUGUUCCUCUUUGAUAUAGUGGUCCUUCGUUCUGAUGGGUUGGUCUAGUUCAUCUCUUUGUCGACAGUAUGACCUGUUGUAGAGACUGUUUUUCUACGAGCAGAGUUGCAACACUUAGUCAAUGAGCUGAUCAAUUAAUCGUUUGAAUUGCCCUUCAAGCGCAAAUGCAAAACAUUUGGUGGUUUCCUGGGUUACACAUUUGAGAAUAAUGCUCCCCUUUGUUGUCUCACAUUUUGAACUGAAUUUCUUUGAGUUUUGGACAAAAAUAAAGCUGCUAUGUCAAGGCAA